GAGAAAGCCAUCAGCAUCUGGGAAUCCAAGAACUUCUUCAUCGAGCUGGACCCACUCCCUGGGGCUGUGGAAGCUGUGAAGCAAAUGGCAAAUUUGGCUGACACCGACGUGUUCAUCUGCACAAGCCCCAUCAAGAAAUACCUCUACUGCCCUUACGAGAAGUAUGCCUGGGUGGAGAAGCACUUUGGCCCUGAGUUUCUCCAGCAGAUCGUCCUGACACAAGAUAAGACAGUGGUUUCUGCUGACCUGCUGAUAGAUGACAGACCUGAUAUCAUAGGGGCUGAGCUGAACCCCACCUGGGAGCACCUGCUCUGCACAGCCUGCCACAACAAGCACCUGCAGCUGAAGCCCCCCAGCCGCCGGCUGCAGUCCUGGACUGAUGACUGGAAGGCCAUUCUGGACAGCAAACGCCUGCCACCCGGCCAGGCCACCUAA